AUGCUGCUACUGCUGCUGUUUAUCUGAUUACCGGGUCUCCUUAAAGCGACACCGGCUUUAAUUACCGACUGAGGAAGAGGAGGAGGAUGCGGAUGAAGAGCCGGAGCAGCAUCCAUCUCCUCCCCGCUCUGAACCCUGCAUCUCCGCUUCCUUCCGCCGGGUUUAGAGGGGUAAUAUGACCCAGGAAAGCCUCCAGGACGUCCCUCCUCCCUCCUCCCCAUCCACGGAUCCACGAUGCGUCACGCCGCUUCCUGCGUCUUUUCCUCCGCCGACGCCUCGCCGCCUCGCGUUAAGGGGAUGAAACCUGCAGGAAAGUCUCCCCGGCAGCCUCUCGUCCUCCACGGCCUCCUUUAGAAGCGGCUCUGGAGCCUCUUCGCUCCCAUGACUCCCUCCGUCAGAUAGCCAGAUCGCUCCCCCUCAUGGACCCGUCUCUGCGCCUCCUCCCCGCCGCCUCUCCGCCCUCCUCCUCCCGCCGCUGAUGCGCUGCGCCUGGGUGCUCGCCUUCUCCUCGUCCUGGCCGCUCGGUGAGCCUCUGGUCCGGGGGGGCGGCUGCCCGCAGCGGGGCAGGAUGGUGCGGAUCGCCAGCGCCCUGGGGCUCGUCAUGUUCAGCGUGGCUCUGCUCAUCCUGUCGCUCAUCAGCUACGUGUCCAUCAAGAGGGACUUCCUGUUCAGCACCCCCAGAUACGGACCCAACGGGGGGCCCAGGAUGUACAUGUUCCACGCGGGGUUCCGCGAGAGGCCUCCUCGCAAACCAGACCUGAGCUCACAGCUGGCCAUGAAGUAUCUGGAUCCGGCCUUCACCCCCCUGACCAACGCCCUGAGCGAAGACCUGCAGAACUCGUCUAAAUGGACCUAUAACAGCACUGCAUUCAGACAGCAGAAGAAAGAGAUCUCCCAGUACAUCGACAUACCCCACAACUUCACGCUGACCCGAGACUCGGUCAGGAUCGGACAGCUGAUGCACUACGACUACUCAAGCCACAAGUACGUCUUCUCCAUCGGCGAGAACUUCCGCUCGCUGCUGCCGGACGUGUCGCCGAUCCUCAACAAGCACUACAACGUAUGCGCCGUCGUCGGAAACAGCGGCAUCCUCACUGGGUCGCGGUGUGGCCCUCAAAUCGAGAAGUUCGAUUUCGUGUUCCGCUGCAACUUCGCGCCGACCGAGAUCUUCAAGAAGGACGUCGGACGUCGCACCAACAUGACCACCUUCAACCCCAGCAUCCUGGAGAAAUACUACAACAACUUACUGACCGUGCAGGACAGGAACAACUUCUUCUUGAGUCUGAAGAAGCUGGACGGCGCCAUCCUGUGGAUCCCGGCGUUCUUCUUCCACACGUCGGCCACGGUGACAAGGACGCUGGUGGAUUUCUUUGUGGAGCAUCGAGGACAGCUGAAGGUGCAGCUAGCGUGGCCUGGAAACAUCAUGCAGUACAUCAACAACUACUGGAAAACCAAGCAGCUGUCGCCGAAGCGUCUGAGCACCGGCAUCCUGAUGUACACCUUGGCGUCCUCCAUGUGCGACCAGAUCCACCUGUACGGCUUCUGGCCCUUCGGCUGGGACCCCAACACUGGCAAGGAGCUGCCCUACCACUACUAUGACAAGAAGGGCACCAAGUUCACCACCAAAUGGCAGGAAUCCCACCAGCUGCCCGCCGAGUUCAAGCUUCUCUACAAGAUGCACAUGGAGGGUCUGCUAAAGCUCAGCCUGUCGCAUUGUGCUUAGGGCUAAAACUGCAGCAGUGCUUCUUCAAGCUGCUCUCCAGCACUUCCACAAGCCUGAAUCACAAAAAGGACGAGACAAGACUCAAGCGGUUUUGUGGAACUCUUGGCUAAAAAGGCUGAGUUGGAGGAAACUGAUUUCUGCAACAGCUCAAGAAACUACGAGUAUAUUUAUUUUCUACUGCUCAACAAAGGUGGAUUUCCAGGUGACAAACAGCUACAAAUCAACAGACUGACUGUUUAACCCUAUGAGACCAUCAUUAGGAUUAAAAAAGGUAGAUCCUUCCAUCUUUUUAUUUCAGUUUCACCGCUGUUUCUGCAACACAUCAUGUAGGCUGAUCAGAGACGCAGGAAUCCUGUUCUUGGUAGGUAAAGUUUUGGAGAGAGUUGUCAUUUUGUGGUUUGUAUUGAUGUUUGGAAAACAUCCAACAUCUACUAAUCAAACUGGACUUCCAAGGUUGUAUUUCAUUUUUUUCCACACCAACGCAGGUCUUUGUGUUCUUUCAGAUGUGCUGUUUUCAGUCUGGAUGCCUUGAAAAGUGAACGAAACAUGGGUAGAGUUGAUGAUUGUCCCCAUAAACAACCCCAUUUUUCCAACUCAGCAGCUCCACAAUGUCCAUUUGGGUUAUUCCACCUCAAACCAUCAGGUUCUUUCUGCUCGGUCGUCUUGGAUUUGCUCAAAUCUUGGUGGAUCCAUUCAGACUUGAGCUUGUAGUGAGGGUGAAAUUGAAACUAGCCGUAGAUUAGUUACAGGUUGACAAUCUGAAUCUGUUAGCCGUCUCUUUUUCAUAUCCAGAGCAGCAUAUCGUCCACCUGAUGAAUGUAAGUCGGAUCUACGGUUUCCUUUCAGCUGCUAAAUGUUCCACUUCUUCACUAGCUAGUUGAUGCUUUUAUCUGCCGUCUGAAAGACAACGAACAAGUGGUUGCCGCUGGAAAUAAGGUUUAUAAGAGUGGUGCAACAAAAGAAAGUAAAACGUCUGUAGAGUUGAAAAGUUAGAUGAUAAUUCCCUAUGGGUUUAUCACGAAAAAUAACCCCUUUUCCAUGAGAGAGAGUAUUUUAUUAGUUUUAAUGUGACUGCAAUGUGAAAACAACAAAAAACAGCUACAUAUGAAAAGAAAGAAACUAAAACUAAGACUGAAAAUAGUCUUUAGUCCAACUUUUCAGGUCUCUAACGUCAGUAGAAUUUGAUAUGUGGAACAUUUGGAGAGACACAGUCCUAGUUUUUAGGUAUUUUAACUCUACUGCUGCUUCAGACUCACAAAUCUGAGGCUAUUUGACAUCUUUAGCUGCUUCUUACUGCCCUUCGACUAAUUUGGUAGUUCACCACAGUAACAACCAGCAUAAAAAUAGUGUUAGAGCUUAAAACCGAGCCUUUUGUUUCCACAAGACAUCUUGAACAGAAAUGUCAAAGAAUGCUUGAUAAAGAUCAAAUCUGACAAAUCUAGAGUUGCUGCAUCAAUCAGAAAGUCAGCAGAGACACCAUGAAUGGAAGUUUUAGGGUGUAGUUUAGGAUCUGUGAAGGUUGUGCUUGAAGUUUUUUGAAUAAAUUACGUCUAAACUCUUAAUUUGUCCAACCCUACUUUAUGAGGACUGCUGGUUGUCUAAAGACUAAGAUUCAGCCAGAAUGCUGCCAUUUCUGUUGUCUAUGUUGUAAUUUAUUCCACUUUUGUGUGUUUUAACCGAAGAACUGGGAGGAAGAUAUAAGCUAACGUUAGCUUUGAUGACACAAGUCAGGAAAUUCUCCAUUUUUUUGUUGAUUUAGGUUUUCAUCAAUACAAGAACUAUUCUCUGCUGUUUCACGUCUUCGUAUUAGGUGCUAAUUUAAAAAAUGUUGAGGUUAACUAUAAAAAUUCAAAUUUAGUGUUGAAAUGAACCCAAACUAAUAACUGCAGAUUGUUGCUGCUGGAUUAUAAAUAUACCGUGAUGACAUGUGGACUGAAUGGAUCGAAUUUAACCCUCUGAACCCCAAAAAUGUUUUAAAAAAUCACCAAAAUUACACCAUUUAUCGGAAACUGUAAAAACACAAAUAUUUAUCAGAUUUUCAGCUUUUUUAAGGCCCUUGAUCUCAUCAUGUGUCACAUUUGGUUCUAUAAUGAAAAUUAAACCAAAUCUUUACAUCAAAAAUGUAGAUUUGUGAUUAUUCUCGUUUAAUUUCUCUUUUAAAAAAAUCACCAAAAAUAAUCGGUUUGCACAAAGAAGAUUCUGUGAAAAACCAAAAAUUUUGUGAAUUUUAGUGCAACCAUGAAGCCUUUAAUGACUCAGCUGUGACUUGAAGUGAUGUGACAAAAAAUAUGUAGGAUGAACUGCAGGCUGUGUAUACACAAAGCAGCCAGUAGAUAAGUAUGGAAACUAAUUAAACAUGUAAUUUUUUAAUUUACAUUUUUUUCCCAGUAAUGAUAACACAUGUAGGUAAAAUAUUGUACAUGGUGAUUCCAGAUUUUCACAAUUUUAAUAGAAUAAACAAUCAAAUAAUUCUACUUUUUCUGCUUUUAACAAUCUAUGGCAGUAAACACGUUGCUCUAUGAUCUUCCUAGAACACUUUUAGCAUUAAUUCGGCCUCAUAUCAUCACACCGCCACCUCCGUGCUUCACUGUCAGGACUAUCCAUUCACUGUAGCAGUCCUGGUCCAGUUUGGUGUGGAAAAACAUGACAGAAACAAAAACAAGAAUAGUUUGGGGGUUCAGAGGGUUAAAACUCAUAAAAUGAAACGAGACGUACUCAACAGUGUUUGCUUAGUUGUAGGUUAAAUCAAUGAGAAACAUUACAUUUAUCUAUGUUUAUCAGAAAAUUUGAAUUUUAACAUGUUCCUUGUUUUUAAAAAAUGGUACACCAGCAAACAAAAAGGAUGUUAAUGUCAAGUUCUAAUUCCCACUUUAUUGCCCUGUUAAUGGGAAAGGUGAGAUAAACCAUAUUAAAAUAAGAAAACAGCCAUUAAUCCCAGUUGUUAGACAUUUUAUAUGUAUAUAUAUAUAUAUAUAUAU